CCAAUGAUUGUGGUGUCUGGUGGUGUUAUUGGCGUGAACACGGUGACGGAGGAGAGUGUUACGAGGAAGUCUGGCAGAGUAUCAACAUGAGCGGUGCCGGCGAGAGCGCGUGUAGUUCGCGGGGCGAGCCGCUGGCGCUGGGUGAGGCGUGCACCGACCUCACCAUGUCGACGGGCAAUGUCAUCUCGAUGCGUGGGGUGCGCCGCCGCGCCGGACAGGGUACUACCGAGGAGUUGAUGUCAUCCCUGGAUCAUAUGCUCGACAUCAUUCGCCCGGCCAAGGGCGAACUGGACCGGCCGUCAGUCGUGAUGGCAGUGCCGUGUGCGUGCUACAGCGUCAGUCUGGGUGAGGAGGAGCGGGAGCCGCUGAGCAUCACCGUCAAACUGUUCCCGGUCGGGCUGGACACCGACGCCGUCCGACAGGCCGUCGAGCGAGCUCUGACGGAGUUGUCGGUGAAGCAGGUGGAGGCGAUCGUGCUGUCCAACCCUCUGCCCUGGGAGGAGAUGACGCUGGAGCAGCUGCUGCCCCUCUGGCGGGUGCUGGAACAGUUCCACGCGCAGCAGAAGGUGGCCUACCUGGGCCUGGCAGACGUGGAACAGUCGCUGUUCGAGGCCAUCUGUCAGUGUGACCAGGUGGAGGUGAAGCCAUCCCUGCUCCAGAUCAACCUCACCAACUGCUGCUCGGUGCCCGACGACCUGCGGGACUUCUGCCGGCAGCGGGACGUCCAGAUCCUGACACACAACGACGCACAAGAGGUGCUGCCGGGCGCCGUGCUCCGGCCGCUGCUCUCCAAACACCUGGCCCUGGCCGAGCCGCAGCGCUGGUCGCUCGUCUGGUCCCUGCGCUACCUGGUCAUGGUACAACACAAGGGAGUCAUCAAGAACAAGGGCUACGUCGUGCACGUGGCGCGCUCCUAGGCUCGUCCCCCGGCGCGGCUAGGCUGAUUAUCACUGGCUCGACAGGUAAUGUGACACAGAAAUGCCAUCAGCCGAGCGCACCGGACGGACGGACGGGUACUCGGUGGGGACGCGCCGGUCUAGCUGCCAGUAACGCGCUCGUGGUGCCUUCACUUCACUCUGGCCAUCUGUAGGCAGGUGUUUGUUGUGUUUCUGCACAUUCCCCGCUGUGAGGAGGACGACUAUACGCCUGUCGGGGCCAGGGAGUAAAGAGCUUAGGAAAUCAAGUACUUAGUAAUAAUCAGGUCCUAGGAUAUGACGUGAUUUUAUACCUUGGGUGGGAUUAGAUACGAUGUAACUAGUAAUGCGAAAAUCUAUACGGGAAUGAUACUCUAUACAUUUAUAUUCAUCGCUAAAAAUCACUUUUUCGUGCAUUUUCCCUUCAAUAUCUUAGAGAUGGUAGUUUCAUCACAGUUUCUGAGGGACUAGUUCAUUAAAGUAUUCUCACUAAUAAGAGGGUAAGAGAUUUGCGAUGGUACCUUCCUAGAAAACCAACUAAUCACGACGUGGCCAUUUAUAGACGCUAGUGACAUUAACGAAGGUGUGCUAUUAUUGUACCUACGUAUGGCGGUAGACGGGACUGCUGCUGUUGGCUUGUGCAGUAGUGCCCCUUUUUCUCCCAUUCAGCUGAGUCGAUUUAUGAAACUAACUGGGAAGCAUUCAUGUAUCGUGCAAUAUAGACCAGAUGUGCUUAUUUUAAGUGCAAUAUUCUAUGUGUUUGUGGUAGUGAAAUGUUCUGUUCUCAUUUUUCGUUAGUAAUGAGUUCGCAUUGCCGACGCCAGUAACCAGUUGGCAAUCAGGUAAUGUGAAUGUGGAAAAUAAAUGAACUCAGGCUCC